AUGAACAAAUACUUAACUUUAUUAUUAAUAAUUGCUUUAGUUAAUGCAGAAGAAAAAUUAGUUACAUCUGAAUUCACAUCCAAAGUAUUUAAUACAGAUGAAGUUGUAGGAUGGGUUGUAUCAGGUAAUAAAGGAGGAAAAUUAGUCGGAUAAUGCUCAGGAGAAAGCACUUUUGGUGGUUAUGAUGUAUUCGGAUAAGGAGCAGUAGCUAAUAAAUCUUUUAAUUCAUAAGUAAGCCAUUACGAAUUAGUAAUAAGAUUUGAAUUAUUUGCAAUCGAUUCUUGGGAUGAUGAAUUAUUCAUUUUAAAAUUAGACGAUGAGGUAGUAUUUACAUAUUCUUUUUAAUAUAACAAAUAACCUCCAACUGGAUCAAGACCUAUAAAUUGUGGAUCGUAAAGCUGGUCUGACAGAUUACUUUAAGUAGAUAUAACAGUAUCUCAUUCUUCAAGAAAAUUCAAUUUGUAAAUGACAUCUACAUUAAAUCAAGAUGCUAAUGACGAAAGUUGGGGUAUUAGAAACUUGUAGAUCAUUGCAAGAUAUGCUGGAGUUAACGCAAUAGUAUUAUCAGAAGAAUUCUCUGAUGAUAACUUCAAUGAAAGUUAUUCAGGAUGGGUUUUGUCAUAACCAUUAAUUAAACCCUUCAGUACUUGUGGAAAUAAUAAACUCUUUGGUGGUUAUAAUUUAUUUGAUAAUGAAUCUUGGGCUAUUUAAAAUCUAGUCAUUACAGCGUUAAGUGGAAAGGGUGAUAAAUAAACUCUUAUUGCUAAUGAAUUUAGUGAUAAUAAUUUUACAUCUGCCCCUGGAUGGUUGAAUAUAGCCAAUAAUGCAGACGUGUCAAGUAAAAUUUCUAAUUGUGGAGGAUCAAAUAUCUUCGGUGGAUACAAUUAAUUAUCAAGAGAAGAUGUCUAUAAAGUUUAUAAAAAUGUUCCUUUACAUACCAACGUUCGUAUUUUCUUCAAAUUAUUUGCUAUUGAUUCUUGGGAUAACGAAGCUUUCCGUAUUUUUAUUGAUGAUGUUUAAGUAGUUCCUUAGGUCGCUCCUUUCUAAUAAACCUCUAAGAUUUGCGGAGUCUCAGGAUGGGAUGAUCGUAUUAGAAACUAUUUUAUUGACGUUCCUCAUGUUGGAUCUUAAUUAAAACUUGCCUUUUACUCUGAUUUAGAUGAAAAUGCAGACAAUGAAAGUUAUGGUAUUAGAGAUUUGAAAAUCUGGACAUAUUUAGGAUAUCAUGUUAAAGUUGUUUCUUCUGAAUUUGAUGACUAUUCUUUAUGGUCUGUUAAUGGAUGGUCUACUAAGCCUGAUGUUAAUCCCAAAGUUUCUACAUGUGGUCCUUACUAAUUAUUUGGUGGUUACAAUAUUUUUGGAUCUAAGACUGUCGUUUCUAAAUCAUAUUCUGAUCUUCCUAAACAUAACAGAGUUAUUAUCAGUUUCAAACUUUUCUUUAUUGAUACUUGGGAUAAAGAAGAUUUAUACGUUAUUGUUGAUGGAGUAUAAAUUGGAAAAAGAACUAAAUCAGAAACUUGGGGUGGCCAAUAGAGUUUAUGCGGAUGGAAUAAAGCUUAAGAAGAAAUUUAUUCUGUUUAAUUCGCUACUUAUCAUGUUGAUUCUAAAUUAACACUCUAAAUUGGAGACAAGCUAAAUCAAGGGAAAGAUGAUGAAUCAUGGGGUAUGAGAGAUUUGGUUGUUACUGUUUAAAAUAAUGUUGAUGCUGAAGAGGAAUGCGUAGUUAUUUAUUCUGAAUGUGACUUCAAAGGUAAAUCAUUUUCAGUCUGUAAAAAUAUUCCUGACUUAUCUGCUGUCGGUUGGAAUGAUCCUAUCAGAUCUGUUUCUGUUCCUUAAGGAGUUAGAUCUAGAUUAUUUGAUGAGAAAAAUUAUUAAGGAAACAGUGUUUAAGCUUUAUAAAAUGUUAGCUGUUUGAUUGGAUAAGCUUUCGUUUAAUUAAAUUAGGCUUUUGGUAUUCAAGUCAAAGAAAGUGAUAUUAAUGAGAACAAGUUAAAAAAAUAAAAUUGAUUAUAAUAAAAUGAUUAUAUUUUAUUUUAUAUUUUAUAAGUUUUUUACAAUUUUUUUUUUUUAUUUAUGUCUUAAGAAAGUACAUAACGAACUUUUUUAAACAUAUUUUUUUA